UUAGGGCAAAGUGUCGGCGCCGGGUGGAGUGCGUCUCCUAUUCCAGCGGUUGCGGGGCGCCUACUGUGCGCCAAUAAGUCAGCGAAGGUAAUGGAGAAGCCGGGCCAAGCUCAGCUGCAGGCAAGUGCAUCCAAAAUCUCAGAGAGUGCAUCUGAAGAUUUAUCCAAACUCACCGACCAAGAGCUGCAGAAGUGGAGUAAAGAGGAGCUGGUGCGCCGGUUGCGCAAAGCCGAGGCCGAGAAGAUGAGCGCCAUAGUGGAGCAUGGUAACCUGAUCCGAGAGGUAAACCGCAGGCUGCAGCAGCACCUUAACGAGAUCCGAGGACUCAAGGAGGUGAAUCAGAAACUGCAGGAGGAUAACCAGGAAUUGCGAGACCUUUGCUGCUUCUUGGAUGAUGACCGACAGAAGGGCAAAAGGGUUUCAAGAGAGUGGCAACGCCUCGGCCGCUACAGUGCAGGCAUUAUGCGCAAGGAGGUAACACUGUACCUGCAGAAGCUAAAGGAACUGGAGCAGAGACAGGAUGAGGUGCUGAAAGAAAACCUGGAGCUGAGGGAGCUGUGUCUUAUGCUAGAUGAAGACAAGGGCUCUGGUGGUUCAGGAGGCUCGAGAGGCCCUGUUGAAUUUACUGUAGGCCCAGCAGGUUGCAGAAACUCUAUCGACAGCCAAAGUAGCCUUUCUCAUGCUAGUGUUCCUGGACCGGGACUAUUAAGGGAUGUAGGGGAUGGGAGUAGUACCUCCAGUGCAGGCAGCACUGACAGCCCUGAUCAUGUGACACACAAGCAGCAGAUGCUGGCUGGUCCAUCCGGAGGCAGUCAUGACCAUCUUCACAAGUCCCGGGCAGCAGAGGAUAUGCCAAUUCCAGGGCAACGCUGUCGCAGAAGGAGCACCAGUCCAGAGUAUGCUGCCCACACCUUUCCUCAGGUGUGUAGACCUCGCUGCGGCUCCUUCUCCAGCCCCGACCAUAAAGGCUUUCAAAGUCUUAAUCCAGAAAAACAUGGCAAAAGAGGCAGUCUGGAGCAGUUCUCGAAGCACUUGCCAGUUUCUUCUCAGCCUCCUGGUAGCCCUGACCUUUUCCAGAAGCACAGGGCAAGCAUUGGGGGAGUAUGUGGCAUUCCAGAUCCUAAACAGAUACUUUCAGGGACUCCAGAGCACCUUCAGAAGGGUCGUGCGAUUGCAGGAAGCCCUGAGAUGUUGAGGCACCAGUACGGUCCAGAUCACAGCAAGUUUGGCAGCCAUGGCCGAGAUGUAGCACAGAGGAGGUCGGGAGCAGAGGAGCUGUCACCGCAUCACCGGAGCAUCUACAGCGGUAUGAAUGCUUUGAUAUCUGCUGGCUGCUGUACCACCGGCUGUAGAAGUGUAAAGCUUUGGGACGGCAGCUUCGAUGCCUCCUGACUGAUGCCAUUACUGGAUCCAGUGGUGGGUUCCUGGUCCUGCAGGAGCUUUUUACCUGCUGUCUUUUGCACUGAGAGGAAGAACAAACAAGAAACAGAAAGUAAAGAAAAAUGUGAAGAAAAUUGUGCAGCAGUCAGGGUCUUGUGUUUUUUCCACCCCACACUGGUACAGGUUUCCUGUUUCCCUUGUUAAGAGCCCAGCACAACACAUGACU